GCUGCGCGGUGAGGCCCGGCCCGGCCCGGGGCUGCCCGGUGAGUGCGGGGAGCGGCGGCGGGCCCGGGCUCCCACAGCCCCCCCCCAGCCCCUCUGGCAGCCGCGGCCCUUUCCGAAGUGGAGAAGGAAGCGGAGGGCGGCGGGGGGGACACGACCUCCCUCAGGAGCGGCUUUUUGCAGAGAGAAGAAAGAUGGAAAGUAAUGCAGUUUUACUGGAAUCCAAGUCCUCUCCUAUCAACCUUCUGAAUGAAAUGCAUCAGCUGCGUCUCCUGGGCCACCUCUGCGACGUGACCGUCAGCGUGGAGUAUCAAGGUGUCAGAGCAGAGUUCGUUGCUCACAAGGCUGUACUGGCAGCAACAAGCAAAUUUUUCAAGGAGGUGUUCCUUAAUGAGAAGGGCAUGGACGGCCCAAGGACCAACGUGUUCUUGAAUGAGGUCCAGGUUGCUGAUUUUGCAUCAUUCCUUGAGUUUGUCUACACUGCUAAGGUAGAAGUGGAAGAAGACAGAGUGCAACGCAUGCUAGAAAUAGCCGAAAAGCUGAAGUGCUUGGACCUCUCAGAAACCUGCUUUCAAUUAAAGAAGCAGAUGCUUGAAUCGGUGCUGCUGGAAUUGCAAAACUUCUCUGAAUCACAGAACUCUGAGGAAGAGAGCGCUACCCAGCCAAGCGUUUUGCUCGAGUCCAAAGCAGCUGCUGUGGCAGAAGCUGACCAAGCAGACUGUCUCCUGGAUCCUCCAGAUUCCCCGGUAGACAGGCCCAGCAAUGGAAUGUCUCCUGAGAUGCCAGCUGCCAAAUCAAAAGAGAAAAUGGACAAAAAGAAGGAAAUUAUGAAGCCUCCCUAUGCCAAAAUCAGAAGGGCGAGUGGGAGACUGGCUGGGAGGAAAGUAUUUGUGGAAAUCCCAAAGAAGAAAUACACAAGGCGGCUGAGGGAGCAGCAGAAGAACGCAGAGGUUGCUGCUGAAGAAAAAUAUCCUCAAGGUCAGGAUAUGUGUGAUACGGAGAGGGAGGAAGAGCAAGCGGAGAACAUCAUCAAACCUGAAAGCGAAGAAUGCGAUGGCAACUUUGAGUUGGAAGAAAGCCUGAAAAAAUCCGAAGAGGAUAAAAAGAAACGAGGCAGUAACUUCAAGUGCAGCACGUGCAAGAAGGAAUUCCUGUAUGAGAAAAGUUUUCUGAAGCACAUAAAGCACAGCCACGGCAUUGCGGCCGAAAUCAUUUAUCGGUGCGAAACCUGCAGUCAGACCUUUGCCAACCGGUGUAACCUAAAAAGCCAUCAGCGCCAUGUCCACAGCAGCGAGCGCCACUUCCCUUGUGAGCUCUGCGGUAAGAAGUUCAAGAGGAAGAAGGACGUCAAGAGGCACAUUCUCCAGGUUCAUGAGGGUGGUGGGGAGCGUCAUCAGUGCCAACAGUGUGGAAAGGGGUUGAGCUCCAAAACUGCCUUGAGGCUCCAUGAAAGGACGCAUACAGGCGACAAGCCUUAUGGGUGCACAGAGUGUGAGGCUAAAUUUUCUCAGCCUUCUGCACUUAAAACACACAUGAGAAUCCAUACUGGCGAAAAACCUUUUGCCUGUGACGAAUGUGGUGCCAGGUUCACUCAGAAUCACAUGCUCAUAUAUCACAAGCGAUGUCACACAGGGGAACGGCCUUUUAUGUGUGAAACGUGUGGGAAGAGCUUUGCCUCUAAGGAGUACUUGAAGCACCAUAACCGAAUCCAUACUGGAUCCAAACCGUUCAAAUGUGAAGUUUGCUUCAGGACAUUUGCACAGAGGAACUCACUUUACCAACAUAUAAAAGUUCACACAGGUGAGCGACCCUACUGCUGCGACCAGUGCGGGAAGCAGUUCACGCAGCUGAACGCGCUGCAGCGGCACCACCGCAUACACACCGGGGAGAAGCCCUUCAUGUGCAACGCCUGCGGGCGAACGUUCACCGACAAGUCCACCCUCCGACGGCACACUUCGAUACACGAUAAAAACACACCCUGGAAGUCCUUCCUUGUCAUUGUUGAGGGAGCAUCUAAGAACGACGAAGGCCACAAAACAGAGCUUCCCGACGAAGAAUAUGAUGUGUCACCUAAAAUACCAGAGAAGCUGCUGUCUUUCUCUGAAAACAGCCACUAUCAGCACUUGACUGCUGUCCCGGGGAGCGUGACGGCGCUGCAGGACCCCGGUUCUGCCACAGGACCUGACUGUAAGUCAGACGGGACUCCAGGAGCCCAGGAAGCCCUUAUAGCCACCACGCUGAGCGAGCUGACAGUGCUGCACUCACAGACAGACUCUCUCCAGCCACAGCUUCACGCUCUGGUGAAUAUGGAAUAAUUUGGUAUUUCCAAAUCCACUUUAAGCUGCACCAUUUGUAUAGUCCUUUGACUUUGCCAACUACCUGCUGAGGGAACUAGGAGCAGCCAAACAAGGAAGCAGGGCUAGACGUGAAAGACACACGCUGGAUUUCCAGAAUUGCCUCCCAAAAAGUCAUUCCCACCCCCGGCGUGUACGGCUCCAUCUCCUGAAGGUAGGGCAGAGCAGCACCACACCAGGGUGGUGGCAGAGGCGGUGAAAAUCCCAGGGAGUUCACUCCCUACAGACAAAAGGGUGUAGUUCAGGUGGUUGGCUCUAGCUGGCCUGCAGUGACAGGAACUACCAGCAGCGGGAAAGGUUGUGGAGAAGGUGCCAGUUUGUUUUGCAGUUGGUGACACGUGUACAAUCGAGAGAAAUGACCAUGUGUUUCUCAGAAAUGAAAUUAAUUGCGUUUUCCCUCGUGGGAAUUCAUACAUGGAGUAAGUGUUACUGAAUUACUUUUCAGGAAGUGUUGGUUUAUCUCUGUUGUUGCCAAAGAUCCAAGAUGUGGCGUUUCAUUCCAGGGGUUUUGAUUCUUUAGUAGCAAAAUGGGCAACUGGGAGCCAAGUGCUGCAUCUACAGGUGCUGGUAUUAUUUUUUUUUUACAUUUUGGUGCAACCUGGUGCAGUUGGACACUUGGGUUCAGUCAGAUACUCUUCCUCUUCUAACUGCUUCAGCUUUCAGAGAACUUGGCCAUUAAGAGACCAAAACACCUCAUGUAAAAACGUCUAUGAAAAGUAAGUGCAGAGAGACAGUUUAUUGGCAUUCUCCUGUGAGCUUGUAGCCAAGCUGUGUUCUGCUGGCUGGGGGCGGUCAGCACCGCUCUCCCCGCCACCACCACUUACACAGAACUGCAGACCUGCUUCUAGAGGAAGUAACGCUCCGCUGGGAACAGUUAAUUACUGCCCUGCUGCUGAGCUGCUACAGCUAAUCCCACCAGCACAGGAGUCUCCAGAGGUAAAUGCCCUUCCAGAUGGGAGGCAGUCAGGGUUCAUAAGCCUAAUGGCAUAAAAAAAGAUGCAAAUAAGUGAAAAAUGUACGGGACCAUGGCUGGGAUUUCCCAGCCUGUGAGUACUCUGUGCUGGAUCCCCUCUGAGAAUCACACUUCUAUUUGGGCACUUUGUUCCCAGACAGAUGGAUCUUCCCUUAUUAUCCCCUCCCUUCCUCUUGUCCUCCCAGUCACCCCAGUAGCUGGGGAGAAUUAGUGUCCAGGGAGAAGGUUCUUUUGGUUGAGCUCACCUGAGCACUGGGGAGGAUUCGGGGCAUUUUCCCUGCACAGGGAAAGAACAAAGCAUCAUUGGGCUGGCUCUUGGUUUUGGGAGCAGCUGCAAAUCGGUGGCAACUUGCCGGUGCAGUUAACGUGUCAAACUGGGGCCCACAUUCCCAGUGCCACCAUGUGAAAAUCUGGAGCUUUUCUAAUUCAUUUUUCUGUUUUGCUUUUCUGUUUGUUUUACUAUUGCUGUAGUAUUUCCACAGAAACUUUCUCAGCUGAAGCUGCAAGAAAAACUUUGAGAGAUUGCAUUAGUGUAAAGGUAAGCACAAUCAAGCCUUGCUAGGGCUUAGGGGUUGGCAAAGCAAUAACGAUACCAAACUGUGGCACAGAGCUAUUUUUGAACCUUAAAGGGACGUCUGCUGUGUUACUGUGGAAUCGUAACUUAAUCUAUAGAAAGGGAAUUUUUUUAAAAGAGCACAUUUCCAAGAGGUUAUAUUUGAAAUAUUUAUUCAAGCACGCUGUUCCUGUUGAAGCUCGGUAUUCCCUGUGACCCAUGUAAAGAGUUUGUAGAUAUAUUUAAAGUCUGAGCAUUAGCGCCUGUAGCCAGGGACCCUUUUGUACUCCAUGAAUGUGCAGAAGUGAGUUACUCGUAUGAAUUGUUCUUAUUAAAAUAUUGAAAUCUGAA